AAUGUGCGCAGUCCGCGCGGUCCGUUUCACUUUUGUGUUUACAACAUGCUGUCGUGAAACGGUUUCAAUGAUAUGUUAUCGCUAACAGUUAGUUAAAGCAAACUACCUGCAUUUGACAAUGGCGAGUAAUUAGCAGGUGUCUCUUCCCAGUCACAUAUCAAAAUGUCAGGACACAAGUGACUUCCUCGUGAAGCUUGUCACUCUUUCAAGAUGUCUGAUGCUUGCUGUGAACCUGCCGGAGCCAUCAAGGCCAUUGACAAGCACUCAGUGCAUCAGAUCUGCUCAGGACAGGUGGUGCUGACAUUGGCCACUGCUGUCAAAGAGCUGGUGGAAAACAGCAUUGAUGCAGGGGCCACCAACAUUGAUGUCCGACUGAAGGAGUGUGGAGCUGAACUAGUGGAAGUGUCAGACAAUGGCAAAGGGGUAGAAGAGGCCAACUUUGAAGGACUGACAUUGAAACAUCACACGUCAAAGCUAAGGGAUUUCGCCGAUCUCAUCCAUGUGGAAACAUUUGGCUUCAGAGGUGAAGCCCUCAGCUCAUUAUGUGCUCUGAGUAACCUGAGCGUGGUGACAUGCCAUGAGUCCUGCCAGGUGGGGACCAAGCUGGUGUUUGACCACAAAGGUCACCUAGUGCAGCAGUCACCCCAUCCCCGGCAGCAGGGCUCCACAGUCAGCCUGCAGCAGCUCUUCUACACGCUGCCUGUUCGACACAAGGAGUUCCAGCGCAAUAUUAAGAAGGAGUAUGCCAAAAUGAUACAUGUCCUGCAGUCCUACUGUAUCAUCUCUACAGGAGUGCGUAUUACCUGCUCCAACCAAAAUGGGCAGGGAAAGCGCAGCACAGUACUCAGCACCAGUGGCAGCCAGUGUAUGAGAGACAACAUAGGGGCCAUAUAUGGACCAAAACAGCUACAGAGUCUUCUGCCUUUUCAGCAAGUGUCCCCCACAGAAAAUGUUAUUGAAGAAUAUGGCCUCAAAGAUGCAGAUCUACCCAAACAGCUUUUUACCAUCACAGGGUUUGUGUCACGAGGAGACCACGGUGUUGGGAGAAGUGCCACAGACAGGCAGUUCUUUUUCAUUAACAACCGGCCAUGUGAUCCCCUUAAGGUGGCCAAACUUGUGAAUGAAGUGUAUCAUAUGUACAACAGACAUCAAUAUCCAUUUGUUGCCUUGAAUAUAGCUGUUGCCUCUGAGUGUGUGGAUGUGAACGUAACGCCAGACAAACGUCAGAUUUUCCUUCAGGAGGAGAAACUCUUGCUGGCUAUUCUAAAGACCUCUCUCAUCAACAUGUAUGAGGUUGAAGUCAAUAAGAUCAGCCUGAACUACAUGUCCAUACCCGGCACCAAAACAACGUCUGCAUCAGAAAUAUUUCAGGUUGUCCCGUCUAAUGAGAACAUGCCAGAACCUGGAGAGGACAUGGAACCACUGACUCAGAGCCCAAAGUCGUCCGUAAACCUGGCCGACCUAAAGGUGGCUUUUUCAAGUCAUCACAGCUCCAAUUCUGGGAACAAGUCAAGUACGGCAAAAGCUGAAAACCGUGGCCCAACACAGAAAACACUGCAGUCUUUUUUUAAGGGCACUGUCAAAACUCCUACCUGCAGCCCAAGUGCAAAAUCUCCUAUGAAACUCACAAGAGAUCUAGCUCAAUGCUCCCCUGUGGGAAAGUCUGUGCUUGAUGGGUUCAGGUACGGAAAGACGUUAUGCAGUGAAACAGACUCUGAAAAAGACAGUGCUGUGUCCACUUCUGACUUGGCAACCCCAGAUAUUCAGUGUUCUGCUGAACCGGUUGUUGACAGCUCCAGUGUAAAAAAUGAAACACUUGAAGAAACAUCAGACAAUAGUCACAUUGUUCCAGAGGACCCAGAGUUACAGACUGAGCCAUGCUCUUCCAAUCAGGACUGUACUCUGAGCCCAGAUGCCAAGAGGGCCAGGACAGAGAAACUACGUUUCCCUACAGAACACAAAUCCAACACUUUUUCAAACUGUUUUGAGAAAUCCUCCUUGACGGUGGACGCUGCAGUCUGCCUGCAGAGGAGGACGGUGCCUCUCCAGUUUUCUCUACAAGAGCUGGCAGGGAAGGUGAAGAGGUUGCAGGACCAGCGGAAACAGGGGGCCAGUGAGGAUCUGCGUUAUCGACGUUUCAGGGCCAAGAUUAACCCUGGAGAAAACCAAAGUGCUGAGGAAGAGCUCAGGAAAGAGAUCAAUAAAGACAUGUUCAAACAGAUGGAGAUCAUCGGCCAGUUUAACCUGGGCUUCAUUAUCACCAAACUCAACUCGGACAUUUUCAUGAUUGACCAGCAUGCCACAGAUGAGAAAUACAACUUUGAGAUGCUGCAGCAGCACACUGUGCUCAAAGGACAGAAACUCAUAGUCCCUCAAAAGCUCCACCUCACUGCUGUCAGUGAAAAUGUACUCAUAGAGAACAUUGAGAUUUUCAGAAAGAAUGGCUUUGAAUUUCUCGUCGAUGAGGACGCUCAGGUGAUGGAGAGGGUUAGGCUGGUGUCUCUGCCCACCAGUAAGAACUGGACAUUUGGCCCAUCCGACAUCGAAGAGCUGAUCUUCAUGUUGAGUGACAGCCCAGGGGUCAUGUGUCGACCAUCCCGCGUCAGGCAGAUGUUUGCCUCUCGAGCCUGUAGAAAAUCUGUGAUGGUCGGCACUGCUCUGAGUGUCAGUGAGAUGAAGAAGCUCCUGGUUCACAUGGGGGAGAUUGAGCAUCCGUGGAACUGUCCUCAUGGCAGACCCACCAUGAGACACCUUGCCAACCUGGACAUCAUCUCACAGGACUGACCAUGUCAAGGAAAAUCUUACGUAACACUCAUUAUCAUUAUUUUUGUUAAAUCACCCUUGCUGCUACACAGAAUACUAAAUCAAAACUAUAGAUGCUGAUUCAAAUGUUCUAAAUCUGUUUAGCUGUGUUCUGAUUUUAUUUGUAUUUUGCAUCUCUAAAUAAUCUUUUUUGUAUUUUUACACCUCAUUAUUGGAGGAAAUAAACACGAUAUAUUGAAA